AGGACCCCGGCAACAAUGCCUCUGUUGAAACUUCCAGCUAAAGAAAAACAAAUUGAUGAUGAAAUACGUAGCUUGGCUGAAAAAGUAUUUGCCUCUGAAGUCAAAGAUGAGGGAGGCCGUCAGGAGAUUUCCCCCUUUGAUGUGGAUGAAAUCUGUCCAAUUUCUCAUCAUGAGAUGCGAGCACACAUAUUCCACCUGGAGGCCAUGUCCACCUCCACAGAAGGCAGGAGAAAAAAGCGUUUCCAUGGACGGAAGACCGUUAAUUUGUCCAUUCCACAAAGUGAAGCAUCUUCCACUAAACUGUCCCAUAUCGACGAAUACAUUUCUUCAUCUCCAACCUACCAGACUGUGCCUGAUUUUCAGAGAGUGCAGAUCACUGGUGAUUAUGCCUCAGGGGUGACAGUUGAAGACUUUGAAAUGGUUUGCAAAGGUCUGUACAGGGCACUGUGCAUACGGGAGAAGUACAUGCAGAAGUCAUUUCAGAGAUUCCCUAAAACCCCUUCCAAGUACUUGCGGAACAUCGAUGGUGAGGCUUGGGUAGCAAACGAGAGCUUCUACCCAGUCUUUACCCCUCCUGCGAAGAAUGGAGAAGAUCCCUUCCAAACAGAUAACCUCCCGGAAAACCUGGGUUAUCACCUCAAAAUGAAGGACGGUGUGGUUCACGUCUAUCCUAAUGAAGCAGCAGCCAGCAAAGAUGAACCUAAGCCACUUCCUUAUCUCGAUAUGGACACCUUCUUAGAUGAUAUGAAUUUUUUGCUUGCUUUAAUUGCCCAAGGACCUGUUAAGACCUACACCCACCGGCGCCUGAAGUUCCUGUCUUCCAAGUUCCAGGUCCAUGAGAUGCUCAACGAGAUGGACGAGUUAAAGGAGUUGAAGAACAACCCCCACCGAGAUUUUUAUAACUGCAGGAAGGUGGACACCCAUAUCCAUGCAGCCGCUUGCAUGAACCAAAAGCACCUGCUGCGCUUUAUUAAGAAAUCUUACCACAUCGAUGCUGACAGAGUGGUCUACAGCAGCAAGGAGAAAAAUCUGACCCUGAAGGAACUUUUCGACAAAUUAAAGAUGCAUCCCUAUGACCUGACUGUUGAUUCUCUGGAUGUUCACGCUGGACGCCAGACCUUCCAGCGUUUUGAUAAGUUCAAUGACAAAUACAAUCCUGUAGGAGCAAGUGAGCUACGAGACCUCUACCUAAAGACAGACAAUUACAUUGAUGGGGAAUAUUUUGCCACUAUCAUCAAGGAGGUAGGUGCAGACCUGGUGGAGGCAAAGUACCAGCACGCCGAGCCCCGCCUGUCAAUCUACGGCCGCAGUCCUGAUGAGUGGCACAAACUGUCCUCCUGGUUCGUCCGUAACCGCGUCUACUGCCGCAACAUGACCUGGCUGAUCCAGGUCCCCAGGAUCUACGAUGUGUUCCGAUCGAAGAACUUCCUCCCACACUUCGGAAAGAUGCUGGAGAAUGUUUUCAUGCCAGUGUUUGAGGCCACCAUUAAUCCCCAGGCUCACCCAGACCUCAGUGUCUUCCUUAAGCAUAUUACUGGCUUCGACAGUGUGGAUGAUGAGUCCAAACACAGUGGCCACAUGUUCUCUUCCAAGAGUCCCAAGCCCCAGGAGUGGACCAUGGAAAAGAAUCCGUCUUACACUUACUAUGCCUACUACAUGUAUGCAAACAUCACGGUUCUCAACAGCCUGAGAAAGGAACGAGGCAUGAAUACUUUCCUGUUCCGACCUCACUGCGGGGAAGCGGGCGCUCUCACCCAUCUCAUGACAGCAUUCAUGACAGCAGAUAAUAUCUCUCAUGGCCUGAAUUUAAAGAAGAGUCCUGUGUUACAGUAUUUGUUCUUCUUAGCCCAGAUUCCCAUCGCCAUGUCGCCAUUAAGUAACAACAGCUUAUUUCUAGAAUAUGCCAAAAAUCCUCUUUUAGAUUUCCUCCAGAAGGGACUAAUGAUCUCACUGUCGACAGAUGACCCGAUGCAAUUCCACUUUACCAAGGAGCCCCUAAUGGAAGAAUACGCCAUUGCUGCCCAAGUGUUCAAACUGAGUACCUGCGAUAUGUGUGAAGUGGCAAGAAACAGUGUUCUGCAAUGUGGAAUUUCUCAUGAGGAGAAAGCAAAGUUCCUGGGCGACAAUUACCUUGAGGAAGGCCCUAUGGGAAACGAUAUCCGGAAGACAAAUGUAGCCCAAAUCCGCAUGGCCUAUCGCUAUGAAACCUGGUGUUAUGAACUUAAUUUAAUUGCUGAAGGCCUUAAAUCGGGAGAAUAA